AGUGGUCGGAACCUUCUUGCUACUUCUUCCCCUUCCCUUUCCCCUUCCAGGAAAGGCCGGAAUUCGGCACCCAGGCGCUCUCGUGGUCGCUGCCGCUUCUGCUCCAGCCGGGCCAGGGUCCGGAGAGUCCAGACCGCGUCCAGGGCGCCAAAGCAACAUUAGAGAAGAGCUGGUUUUCCCAGCAUGAGCAACCAUUUGCUUCCUGAUUCUGGCAUUCAUCACUAGAAGACAGCGUAGCCAACAGCACUCGUUCCUGGAAGCAUUUCUUGAGAGUGCUCCGGAUUGUGACAUCACAUCCAUCCUCUUGGCAAUGGAGCUUGUCAAUAGGAAGGAAGACUCAAUCGGAGAAUAGCCAACAAGAUGGGUUCUUUGGAGCAUCUCCUGAGUGGCACUGGGUGGAGGCAUCAGGGGGUCGGAACCUUGUGAACAGGAAACCUGCCCCCCAACACUUGGAAGGACCUGGGUUUCAGUGAUGAGACAUGGGGUAUGAUGUAACCCGUUUCCAGGGGGAUGUUGAUGAGGACCUUAUCUGUCCUAUUUGCAGUGGAGUCUUGGAGGAACCAGUCCAGGCGCCUCAUUGUGAGCACGCUUUCUGCAAUGCCUGCAUCACCCAGUGGUUCUCUCAGCAACAGACAUGCCCAGUGGACCGGAGCGUUGUGACAGUCGCCCACUUGCGCCCAGUGCCUCGGAUCAUGCGGAACAUGUUGUCCAAGCUGCAGAUUGCGUGCGACAACGCUGUGUUUGGCUGCAGUGCUGUUGUCCGGCUUGACAACCUCAUGUCUCACCUCAGUGACUGUGAGCACAACCCAAAACGGCCUGUGACUUGUGAACAGGGCUGCGGCCUGGAGAUGCCCAAAGAUGAGCUACCAAACCACAACUGUGUGAAGCACCUGCGUUCGGUGGUGCGGCAGCAGCAGACGCGCGUUGCAGAGCUGGAAAGGACAUCUGCCGAGCACAAGCACCAGCUGGCAGAGCAGAAGCGAGACAUUCAGCUACUAAAGGCAUACAUGCGUGCAAUCCGCAGUGUCAACCCCAACCUUCAGAACCUGGAGGAGACAAUUGAAUACAACGAGAUCCUAGAGUGGGUGAGCUCCCUGCAGCCAGCAAGAGUGACUCGCUGGGGAGGUAUGAUCUCAACCCCAGACGCUGUGCUCCAGGCUGUGAUCAAGCGCUCCCUGGUAGAGAGUGGCUGCCCUGCCUCCAUUGUCAACGAGCUCAUCGAGAACGCCCACGAGCGCAGCUGGCCCCAGGGCCUGGCCACACUGGAGACAAGACAGAUGAACCGACGCUACUAUGAGAACUACGUGGCCAAGCGCAUCCCUGGCAAGCAGGCAGUGGUUGUGAUGGCCUGUGAGAACCAGCAUAUGGGUGAUGACAUGGUGCAGGAGCCGGGACUUGUCAUGAUAUUUGCGCAUGGCGUGGAAGAGAUAUAAGAGAUCUUGACAGGCUACCAGGAAGAGAUGGAAAGCAGAAAAUCCUCUCACUCCAGCAGCUGAGUCCUUUCCACUGUUCCUAACACCAUGGCUUACACUUGAGCCACACCUCCCUGCUCUUCUGGCACUGAAGGGCCCUGGGCCACCUUGCUCAGCCUUUCAGGUGAGAGGCCCAGAUUUCUUCCUCUUGCCUAAUUUCUUCCCCGAUGUCUGUAAAUUUUCAGUGUGGUUGGGAAAGUCCCUACCUCCAUAUCUAUCCUGUCUAGGGUCCCUGGUUCCAGAUAUUUUCAGAAAGCACAAAUAUAUCCAAUUUCUCUAGAGGAUCAGGGUGGAGUGAGGGAUCUCUAAUCAUUCCCCCCUUCAAAACCAGGGAAUCGAGCACACAGGCCUAAUGACAGCAAACAGCAUUUAGAGAGCAGCUCUGGAAAGCAGCUAUCCUGAAGAAAUGGUAAGGGUGGAACCAAAACACUAGAAUAAAUAAUGAAGCCAGUAACUGGCUAUCAGUGACAGCCCUUAGGAGAUCGGACUUCUGUGCCAAGCAGUGCUGUCCUGGCAACCUGAUAGGUGUGGUCUCCCACAGGGGCUGCAGGUGUGACACCAAGAGUUUCCAGAUGACUCUUCCUACACUUCCUCAUAAUUACGGAAUGACAGAAAAGGGGGUACAGGUUAGUCUGUUGGGGUGGAUAUGCUCAGCAAGAAGCAGCCCUCUGGCUUUUGCUGAAAUUGGGUAGGCCCUGCCUCUGGCCUGGGCCAUAAUUCACCCAUAGACCCCUCUCCCGCCCUGUGAUUGUAACUAGUUAUUUUGAUGAUUUCCUUUGGCCAUUGUUGUUUAUUUUUAUUUCUCUCCCUCUUUCCCACUUUUUUUUUUUUUUUUUACGAUUGGCCUGGUUAUGGCUACCCUACUUUUCCAGCCCACCCACAUUGUUGACAAUUUAAUUUAUUAUUUUUUUUUAAGAAAGGAAAAAAAAAAUUAACAAAACUUAAAAUGUUCUUUGUUCCUAUUGUGGGGAUCCUGGGUAGGAUGGGAUGGGGAUGGAAUCUGUUUUAUAUUUUUCCUUUUCAGCACAGCCUUUGGCUUUAAUAUGGAAAGGAUCAAGGGAGUCCUUGGCUGAGCUUAUGAUGUCUGCCUCAGAUCCCUGAACCCCAUCUGGGAUGAGGAGCACCCCUGUCCCAGUGAUGGUUAUGACAGCCCAGCACUGAUGCAGUGCCCUGUGGAGAACUCUGCUCCCAGCACUUCCAGGGUCUCAUUGUAGAAGUCUGCAUGUAGAGUAUUAAUUUAGAAGACAUCCCCCCAUUUCCCACCAUAGUUUCCUUGGAGAUACAUAGCUGGGCUUUCAGCUUCACCAGGCAAGGUGGGAUAGAAUUAUGCCUCUGGAUCUCUGAGUAAAGGCUGUGUGCUCUGUCUUCCCCAUGCAUAGGCCUUCAUCUCCAUUUCAGGCCAAGCCAGCGCAUUCCUCCUUCCCUGAGGUGACUAGUAGAGUUAGAGUUGGGGAGGGAUGGUGGGUGUCAUUAUUUUAAUAUGCAGGUGGGAGUGAGGUUGAAAAGAGAUGGCCAUAGAACAGCUUCUCCUUUUGGAAUUUUUUCCCAGGCCAACUUGCUGUUGGUCUGGGAGAUUGGGUCAUGGCCCCACUGGGAUUGGAGUGGAGGGAUACAACUUGAAGGGAGUAGGGAACAGUCAUGGCCAGCUCCCGGACAUUGUGCUCAGGAAUUUGAAAACGCUGCUAUACUUAGUCUGGUUACAUUUAUUCCACUCCCUUCUGCCCCUACCUGCCUUACCAAGGCCCAUAUGCUCCUGUCGUCAACCUCAGGUGGAGCCAGGAAGCUCAGUUCAGGCUUUACCCCCUUUGCACUAGUGUCUUUUCAGGUUGGUGGUGGUUACAUGUGCUGUUCAGUGGUGUUUGCUGCACUAAUAAACCUUUUACUCAACUCUUAAGUUCUUACUCAACUCUUAAGUUCUUAUUCAACAUCACUCCUCUCAUUGUGAAGGUCUCUCCUCUGCUUUGAUCUUUCUCUCGCCUUAAGUCCCCUCACUUCCUUGCUUUGUGACCUACCCUCAUCUUAGAAUUAUCUAAGAUAAUAAUAAUUGUAGGAAGAUGUCUGUCCAUCUUCUUGAUCCUGUGCACCCUCCUGUCUCCUCUGUGGCGGCCAACACUUUCUCUCCAGUGAUAUGAGUUACAUUCUUUCCAGGGUCCCUUUGCCCCAAAUUCCACAUCUUUCCUAUGUGCUCUGGGAUUUGGGGACACUUCCCAGAGAAGAUGUGUAUGCACCUUUCUCCCUUGUCCCACAAGCACCUUUGCUUUACGGUCUGGGAUCCAAUCGCAAGUAGGGAUGCACCCACCCCCCAGCAUCACCUAACCAAGAAAGCAUACAUGAGGACAGAAACCUAGAAUCACUGUGGAUGUAAAGUGGUCAUCAAGUCUUGAUAAAUUCUUUCCUAGGCAUUUGCCACCUUCUCCCUGUCAUGAGAAAAGGAAAAUCUUUCCUCCAUAGUAUACUGUAAACUUGUUGAGUACAUGUCAUGCACCUAAUGUAAACCUAAUAGUGCCCUGCAUACUCCAGUCAGGCUAAAGGGCAAGGGCGAAAGGGCCCUCCUAUGCCCACUGAGUCUACUGCACUCUCAUACGUGCAAAGUCUGAUUAUAAAAUACUGAUGAACACAUCACAAUAUAGAGCAUAAGAGGCAAUAUAUGUAUUCCCAACUAGUAGUGCCUUUUUUCUUUCCUCUGAAGCGCCUUUAAAAUUUCAGAACCUGCUGCUCAUUCUUUAGAAUGUCAGGAAUGGUGCCAAAUCUUUUUAGGGUAGGUUUGGUUUCUAGAAACAACAUUUAUUGAAUGUCUAUUAUGUAAGGAACUCACUAGGGUGGGGAUGGGGAGUGGUUCCUGUAGCAAUUGGCACUUAACCUUCAAAGAACUUGCUCUCCCUAAUGGAGAUGAGCAUGUAAGAAGACAUAACAAAGUGGCAAGUGGGCCUGUAGACACUUUGUGAACAAAGGAAAGAUAAAGCAUCUGAUGCUGAUGAGAACCAGGACAGACUUCUUCAGGAGAAGGAGCAUUUGUCUGAGGUCAGCAGUUGGCAAACUACAGACUGCAUCAUGCUGCCUGCUUUGGUAAAAAGUUAUUGGAAUACAGCCAUUCCCAUUUGUUUAUAUAUUGUCUGUGGCUGCUUUUAGAUGACAAUAGCAGAGGUGUAUCAUUGCCACAGAACUGUGGCCCACAAAGCCUAAAAUACAUGCUCUUCUGUUCUUCACAGAAAGUGUGCCAACCCAUUCUAGACUUUUAAGGUCAGGAGAGUGAGCAGGAAAAAUGUAAAGAGCAGACAUUUUUCUACAUUGCUAAAAUAACACGUUUAAAAUCAAUAAGCAAUCAUUAUUUUAAUACAAACCUAUAUUCACAUUUCCCCAAAUGUCCCAAGAAAAGUACUUUUAGAGCUAGUUGUCCAACCCUGGAUCCAGGCCAUCCCCGGAACCAUGCACUACAUCAGGUUGUGUGUCAUCUUUUACUCUCUCAAUCUGGAUUUUCGGAAUAACGUUUUUUUCUGUUAACACUAGUUUGCUGAAGAGAUUGGGCCAGUUGUCCUGUCCACUCAGUCUUGUGGGUUUGUCUGAUUGCUUCUUCAUGGUGUCCUUUGAAAGUUGUUUCUCUAGCCCCCGUUUUUACUGAACGAUUAGAUCUAGCAUCUGAGAGAGGCAUGUUUUAAGUCUGGGGGAUAGAAGACAUCCCAGCAGAAGAGAUGUUGUUUAUACUGUGUAAUGUCAGGAGAUAAGUCCAGUUGUCCCAGCAUCAGCCUCACCUCAUUGUGCACCAGUAUUGGAAGACUUUGUAAAGCUGGCUAGGUGCUUGGGCACAGCCUGAGAGAUGGGGACCUGGCAGGAUACCUUGGGUUGGUUUGCUGCUGUACAAAAAUGGGGGCCCAGUACUGCCAAAUCUUAUUUUUCAAGAACCUUUGGACAUUGUGAUGUUUAUGCCAGAUGUCAAAACUUUAAAAUGUUGGCUUGUUUUUUAAAAAAAUGAUUGUGCCCCCCCACUCCAAAAUGUAGGGUCCUCCAGUCUGCAACCUCUGUUUUAGGCUAAGGUCAUAGCAUGAAUAAAAACAAGUGUAAAUGAAAGAUA